AUGACCAGUUCAGACCACUCUCUCUUCUUAUACUUCUGCGACACUGAUGUAUUGCUUCUCUUACUCAAUGUUGAUGAUAUUAUCCUGGUGGGAAGUUCAGAUGCUCUACUUUCUUCAUUUAUUGUUAAACUGAAUAAAAUCUUUGCUACGGAAGACUUGGAAGAGCUUCACUACUUUCUUGGAAUUGAGUCUACAUCAACUGCAGAUCACCAGUCUUUACUUCUUACUCAAUCCAAGUAUGCCUUAGAUUUACUCACUAAGACAGACAUGCUAGACUACAAGCCAUGCUCCACCGCAGUUGCACAUGGUCCUAGAGUCUCUUCACAAGAUGGUGAACCACUGCAUGAUCCACGGGCAUAUAGGAGUAUGGUGGGUUCUCUGCAAUGUCUCACUCUUACUCGACCAAAUAUCACUUUUGGUAUCAACUAUGCUUCUCAAUUCAAGCAUUCUCCAACUGACUCACACAUGCUGAUUGUGAAGAGGAUAUUGCGAUACAUCAAGCACUCCCUUGGAUCAGGUAUAACUCUCACAGCGGGUGACAUUACCAAUAUAUCUGGCUAUUCUGACUUAGAUUGGGCUGGUUUCCUUGACACACGCAAAUCUACUGCUAGGGACUGUGUAUUUUUGGGCACUUCUCUCAUUUCCUGGACAUCCAAGAAACAUUCUAUUGUGUCCAAGUCCAGCACUGAAGCUGAGUACAAAGCCUUAUCUCUUAUGGAAUCUGAAGUAAUGUGGAUAUCUGAAUUGCUUAAAGAACUUCAUCUAUCUCUUUCCAUUCCAUUCAUUCUGUACUGUGACAAUAAUGGUGCUCGUGCUCUAGCUGCCAACCUUGUCUUCCAUGCUCGUACUAAACAUAUCGAGGUUUACUACCACUAUGUGAGAGACCUACUUGAAGAUGGGAUUGUACAUUUCACCUACGUUCCAUCAUCACUCCGACUGGCUGAUAUUCUCACCAACGGUUUGAAGCUCCCUCUCUUCUAA